AUGGAAGCCAGUCAUAUACUCCUUGGAAGACCCUGGCAGUAUGAUAGACGUGUGAAUCAUGAUGGCUUCACCAACAAGCACUCAUUUGAAUUCAAUGGAAAGAAGACUGAUACUAGUGCCUUUACUCCUAAAGAGGUUCAUGAAGAUCAACUCCAGCUUCAGAAAAAGAAGGAGAAAGAGAUAGACCUCAAACCUGAUCAGAACAAGCAUCACAGCCUCUUUGCCAAACAGAGAAUCAAAAGAAUUCUUUACUCUCAAAAUUCUAUUAUCUUGCUUAUGUUUAAGGAGACUUUACUAACAGUCACUGAUCACACACCGGAUCAACCGAGUGAACUAGUCUCUCUUUUACAGGAAUAUGCAGAUGUGUUUCCAGAAGAUAGCCCCAUUGGAUUGCCUCCAGUUCGUGGGAUUGAGCACCAAAUCGACUUUGUACCUGGUUCAACACUACCAAACAGACCUGCAUACAGAACUAAUCCAGUGGAGACUAAAGAAUUGCAAAGACAAGUGGAGGAGCUGAUGGAGAAGGGUCAUAUCCGAGAGAGCUUGAGUCCCUGUUACUUAACCAGGAGUAUCCAGCUGACUCAUGGCAUGAGAUGA